AUGUUGCUAGAUUUUUCCCUCAACGAGCUUACUGACCAUCAAAAGAAAGCGCUUAGUACUGUAUCUGAGCAAAAUGAUGUUUUUGUUGCAACCACAGUGGUAGUAACGAAGACCGGGUAUAUCUUUCUUACUUUGAAUAACAGACCAGCCAAUUUAACCAGAAACAUCAAGACACCAGAGAGCUCAAUCUCAUCCAGUGACCAUGGAAACACGUUAUCACCGUGGGAACAGUGGUUAGUUAGUAAAGAGAAGGAAGAUCGCCUAAAGGUUAAGAAAGCAAUGAAAAUUGAGGAAGAGAAACAAAGACAGGAGGAGGAAAAAAAGAAAGAAAAAGAGGAAUUAUUAAAAAAAGCAAGUGGAAAAUAUAAAGAGUGGUCGGAACAGAAAACUAUUCAGCAGAAAGUGCGGACUAAGAAUGAGCUGAGAAAAAAACGAAUUGAGGAGGAGAUGCAGAAAGAAGAGAAAAGAAAAAUUGAAGAAAAGGCUACGGAGAAAUUCCAGGAGUGGACUGAGAAAAAGAAAGAGGCCGAAAAAGAAAGAAAGCGCAAGGAAAAGGAAAAACAGGCAAAGAAAGAAGAGGAAGAGAAGGAAAGAAGACUGAAAGCAGAGGAGAAAUACAAUGAAUGGAAAGAUCAGGCAAAGAAUCGUCCAAAACCACAGAGGAGUAGUUUUGGUUACACCAUGGGUACAUUAACAGGUUACUAUGAUGCUGGUGCUUACCCAAUACCAAGUUAUUAUAAUCCAGUACCAUGGCAACCAACUGAAGUCCCGAAAUCUAAAUCUAGUCGUGUCAAAACAAGUAGAAAGCCAAGAUCAGCUAAAUCCAAGAAGAACUCUGUUGUUUCUGAGCCGCAGUCACAGGUCAAAUACAAGACAAAGGCACUUCAAGAUAACCUUACAAUUUGGGGAAAGCACAAAUGAGACAAUCCUUCUGAUUGGAGCAAUGUAGCUUGCUCUCCACCAAUCCAGCUUACUUUUUACCAUCAGUGCAAUGAACAGUAUGAAACUGCUACUGAAUAGAAUUUCAAUUCUCGCCAUUCAGAUCACUUUUUACCAACAAGAUAAUGGAAUUAGUAAAAUGAGCGAUUGUUGAUUGGGUAGUAAAUUUUAGCUAAUCUACACGAGUGCAAUGAAUUCCAAUGGUAUUCAUUGUAGUUAUGAUAAUUUAUUAUAAAAUUAUUACUAUUGUUUUCAAAAUGUUUUAAAACCAUAAAAUUAUAUUUCAGAUUCAUUCUGUAAUUCAGGCUUGCUACUAUACUAGUAGUCUCCAUAU